GUUACAAUAAAAUGAAAUUAUUCACAAGGUUUUAGGCAAUUAUUAAUAAUUUGAUAAAAUUGGGUCUUUACCGCGGAGUUGUAUAUAUUUCAAAGUUCCCAAACUGAUAAUAUGCGACCCGCUGGUUGCAUAUCUCCACUCUACAGCCCGCCCUCAUUAAGUGUUUCCGUAAUCUCCAUCAUCUUUUCCUCAAUCCAGUUCAAGAGAUCCCGCUGGGUGAGUAAACAGCUACUGGGAAAGAGAACAGUGACGUCAGCGUCCCUGGGUGCCCCUUCUAUAAGAGGAACCUGCUCUGAUCUAGAGGUCAGUCAGCAAUAUGUCAGCCGGUUGGAAGGUGUUGUUGUUCUUUGUUGGGCUUUGUUGUUGUGUUGCUGGCCAACAACAGGAAUGCGAGUGCGUUGAGUACUUCCUUUGCAGCGAAUCCCAUGGGACCAUUAUCACCGAUGGUACUAAUCUCUUGGAUGUCAGGUCCCUUCUGGCUAAUGUCUAUGAUAAAGCAGCCAUCCCUAGCUCCGUUCUGAGGAUGCUGAGUGGCCGUUCUGAAACUAGCUCGGCAACCCUCCACGUUCCUACGGGAGUUCUAAAGCGGAGCGCUUAG